GAGAGAGAGAGCGAUGGUAGAGAGACAUUAAGUCGUCAUUGCUUUCACUGUGUAGUAAAGCUCCAUUAAGCUGCUGCACAGCUACCUGCGGGCACCACGCACACACGCACACACACACACACACACACUGUGCGUGUAUGACGCGCGCACGCACACACACGCGCUGUGUGUGUGCGUGAUCUUCCACCUUUCAGCGCUUUGCAUUUUUUACCUGCAGUGGACACCACGCACUGUCACGCGCGCGCGCUUCGCCGCCGCGCACGCGCACGCAGCGGCAGCAGCAGCAGCAGCACCGAGGGAGCGAUCAAUACACUCAAAAGCCCAGAGAGGAUUUUUGAAGCGGAGCGGAGGAAAGACGCGUCGUGCGGGGCUGAAGAAACCGGAGGAGGGACGACGGCAGGAAGCAUGAAGCUUGGCCGCCAUGUCUAAAGCGACAGUGAAGAAGCUGCACUGGCGCUCCAAGGUGCAGGAGAGCUUCGUCCCGCUCGGCGGGGGCUCAGGAGAGCUGGGUCUGGCCGUUGGGGGCGGGGCCGACUACGGCGAGUUCCCAUUUGUCACAGCGGCACCGGGGGGCGGGGCCACGGUGGGCGACAUCAUCCUAGAGAUCGGGGGGACGCCUGUGUUAGGGAUGACCCUCGGUGAUGUCAGAGGAGUCCUCAACUCCUGUCCUCAUCCAAUCAGAAUCAAGACCGUGUCACCAGGUUCGUCCCUCUGUAAGGACCUCAGGUUGUACCUCAGCAAGUGUUUCACUCCAGGCUCCAUGGACAGUCAACUCCAGCAGCUGAUCAGAGAGAACCUGUACCUGCGCGCCGUCCCCUGUACGACCCGGCAGCCUCGGGACGGAGAGAUCUCAGGUGUGGACUACAACUUUGUGUCAAUCGAGGAGUUUUUCUCUCUGGAGGAGUCUGGAGCUCUGCUGGAGAGCGGCAAGUUCAAAGGGAACUACUACGGGACGCCUCGCCCCGUCCACAUCGGCCCAGAGAGUCCACCAAUCACGUACCAGGAGCAUCGAAACCUGCUGAGGAACUUCAGGACGAGGAGCAAGUCUCUGAGUAACCUGGAGAAAGCCGUGGAGGAGGCAGACAACAGUGAGGAGGACAGCGGACUGUCUGCAGGUUCAGCCGGAGCACCACCCACCACCCUACCCCUUAGCCAAUCAUGGGAGUCGGCGGCUGGGAGCCGGGAGGGAAUGGAAAACGGAGGAGGAGGAAGGGGACUGGGGAGAGGAAGAGGAGGUCCACUGCCUGAAAACUGGGAGCUGGCCUUCAGUAAUUCAGGAGAGCCGUACUACAUCGAUCACAAGUCAAAGACAACCAGCUGGCUGGAUCCUCGAACUCAGAACAAAGAGACGACUUCCUGUACAGAGCUUCCAGAGUUCACGGAGCAGCCCGGUCAGCUGAGGGGUUACUCCAUCCACACUCGUCUCUCCAAAGGUCCUCGAGGUUUCGGCUUCAACAUCGUCGGGGGAAGUCGACCCCGAGAGUUCCUCCAGGUGUACAGUGUCACACCUGGAGGACCGCCUGCCCUCAACACAGCCGACAUCCUGGUCUACAUCAACGACAGCUGUGUGCUGGGCCGCUCUCACAAAGAGGUGGUGGAGAUGUUGAAGUCGGUGCCGAUGGGUCAGAGUGUGGAUGUGGUGCUGAGGAGAGGAUACCCGAUGCUCUACAACCCUGACGGGUGUCCCAAACAGAGCCUGGAGACGCCGCAGACCCCCAGCGAGCCCUCCAACCCCUCCGCCCUGAACCGUGGCCUGACACACCUCACCUACAGCUGCACGCUGGACACCAACGGCAGCACGCCAGGGCUUGGCCAAACCCCGCCAUCCUACACUGCUCCGCCAAUGACAAAUGGAUUGACAGGCCCGCCCACCCCCACUUCCUCUGACCCUCCACUGGGUCCACCGCUGCCUCCAGACAGGACAGGAACCAAUCACAGUGACUCUGAUGGCGGCCUGUCCAACGCUGGAACUCGAAGGUCUUCCCUUAUCCAUUACAACAGCAGCACCCUCCCUGCCUUCUCCUCCUCCUCCCUCCUCCAUCAGAGCUCCAAGUCGUCAGAGAGUGAUCUGUCUACGUCCACACUCCCCAUCUCCUCCUCCACCCUCCCUAUACCAUCCUCGUCCUCCCAUACUCAGUCCAAACUGCCCCUCUCUCAGCCGGAGACGGGCCUCCUUCAGAACUCCACCAGCCCCACCAGUGCUAACAACUCCCCCUCCUCCUCCACACCCCCAGGAGCUCCAGUACAGCGCCCGCCAAUGCCCCAGACCACCCUCGCCCUGACCCCACCCAGAGACAUGCCACCGUGUGGCUUUAAUGGGUGUCCAGCCAGUCACCAAGCGCCCCCCAUAGCCUCCAGAGGAACCUCAGGGCUGGUGCUCCCCCUUGGGGCAGUGUCGCCAGCAUCGGCCCCCAGUGGGGAGCUUGUACCAGUGGCCCUGGGACACAAUGAGGGUGGGGGACUGGGGUUCAGUGUCACAGCGGGGGGCCAAGGGGGUCAGCGGGUGGUGGUGAGGCGGGUCUGGGAUCGAAGGCAGUGCCCCUCGCUGCAGCCGGGUGAUGCUAUAGUGAAGAUCAACGGAGCCGACGUACAGAGCCUCAGCUUCUCACAGGUCCAGAGAGUCCUGCAGGGUCACACCAGACAGGGGGAUGUGGUGCUGCUGGUCUCCAGAGGAGGUCCCGUCUCCUCUCCAGCCGUCACCCCGAACCUCUACAAGCCCCUCCCCUCCCCUCAAAGUGUGAUCACUCCCUCUUCCUCUCACCCCCGCACUUUAGCUGACUUGCCUUCCCCAUCCACGGGUGCCUUGGUGGGGGGCGUCCCCCCACUCAGCCAGGCUGGGUUGACCCUUGAGAGUCCGCAGGAGGGACACCUACCUGCCCCAGGGACCCCCCAAGGGGCCCCACCUGCCCAGACGCCAAAUGGGCCCCCAGCCUCGGCCCUCAUCCAGAGCACCAGUUUCCUGGACUCAGUUCCUGUGACUUUGACCUUGGAGCCACGUGAUUUGCUGGGGGUUCAGGAGAGUGCUGGUGGGCCUCCUUCAAACAGAGGUGGAGGAGCCCUGGGAGCAGUCGCCAAGGAUGGGAGGGGAGAGGUAAAGACGAUGGAAGUGGAGCUGAGGAGGCGGCAAGGAGAAGGGUUCGGAUUCGUCAUCGCCUCUCAGGAAGUGAGCAAUGGGGCCCCCUCCCAGAUGUCUCACCGGUUUGUGACGGUGCGUCGCGGCAGCCCGGCAGCUCGCAGCGGCCAGAUUCAGCCCGGAGACCAGCUGGAGGCAGUGGAGGCUCGACCUGUCGCGGGUCUGACCCACCGAGACCUGGCCCAGAUUCUGAGGAGGGCCGGCAACACCCUGAGACUGAGCAUCACCCCAAGACUCCAAUCCUCCCCUCUGUCAGAAGGAGCAGAAUUGGACAUUGAUAGCCGACUGAUGAAAGGAUCCAGAAGAAGGUCAAAGGACGAGUCCAGAUUCUACAGUGUGGAUCUUGAACGAGGUCCGACGGGUUUCGGUUUCUCUCUGAGGGGGGGCAGCGAGUACAACAUGGGACUGUAUGUACUGGGACUGAUGGACGGGGGGCCGGCCCAACGCAGCAACAAGAUACAGGUGUCCGACCAGCUGGUGGAGAUAAAUGGCGAUAGCACGUCGGGAAUGACUCACAGUCAGGCUGUGGAGCAGAUCAGACGUGGAGGACAUAGAAUCCACCUCGUCCUCAAGAAAGGAAACGGAUACGUUCCCGACUACGGCCCUGAGGAAGGAGCCCUCUCCCCCUCUUCCUCCUCACACAUAGCGCAGCAGGAUGCAGACGCUAUAACCAUGACAACUGCCUCCCUCAGCCGGCAGGGGAGAGGAGGUGUUACUGGAGGAGGAGAAGGAGGAGGAGAGAGGAGGAGGAGAAGGAGAGAGGGAGAAACCAAACAAAGAUCAGGAGGAGGAGGAGGAGCAGGGGGGUUAGGGCCUCCUUAUCUGGACCUGGACCUGGUGGAAGAGGAGGCACAUGAAGAGCAGAGAAGGUGGGAGGAAAAGGGAAGGCAGAAAGAGGAGGAAGAGGAGAGAAGGAGAAGGAAGGAGGAAGAGGAGGAGAGGAGGAAGAGAAAAAGUCAGACUGUCAGGCAGAAGAAGCGAGACGACCAGAGGGAGCAAGGGAGGAGGAGCCGAAGCUUACCCAGGAACGAUGCUCAAUCCUGGGCCACGUCAAUGCCAGAGGCAGGGGGGAGGUUGGAGAACUCUGGAGGAGAAGCUAGGGAGAGGAGGAGGAGGAGGGAGAGAGAGGCUGCCAGAGAGGAGGAUGAGGAGGAAGAGGAGAGGGAGGACAGCGCCUCCCAAAAAACAAAGCAUUAUGGGAGCUCGAGUGUGGCUGAGAGAGUGCCAUUUUCCUUUCUCAUGCCAAUGGACGGCGACGAGCGCCAGCGUCAGUCUGACUGCGAAUCAGGAGCCAGCUUCUCAGAAGUCAGCCUAUCAGCAGCCAGCAUUGCCACGGCAAGAUGGAGCGAAGAAUCUCUUUGGAGGAGAGGCGAGUUAUCGUUAUCGCGGCAGGGGAAUGCCCCAGGGCCCUGGCUGACACCCAGCCCCAAAAGACUCACACGGGUUCUUGGCGGGCUCUCUCUCUGAUUGGCCAGUAUUGAAGACGAUCUCUUCCUGCAUUCGCUGGAUUUUUUUUAUUGGCUACUUAUAAGGGCUUUCUUAGAUUGGCCUGCGCAGAGAAAACCCGCCUCUUCCUGCAUCUUAUUGGCUGAUAACAGACAACUCUGAUUCUGGUUGGAAGAUAUGAAGUAAGGAGACAAGAACGUUUUUUCUGAUAGGUUGGGCCAGUUUUGAGGCCUCUGAUUGGCUAGGGACAUUAUGGCUGCAAACAAAGACACCAGUGUCGUUUUACCCAUCAUCCCUCAGGGGGUCCUGAGACCUGUUAUCAGCUCUCUUUGGGAUUUACUCAGACUUUGUGGUGUCAUGAAGAUGGUAGAUUACCACGGUAAACACCACGGUAACAGAUGUUCACUUCCUCCAGAGUAGAUUUACUCAAAGAGCUAAGUCAUCGUUCCUACGGGAUCUUGACAGGGAAAAAAACACAGAUUCUGGGUUAACAGUCGUACACUCUUCGAGUCGUCAGACCAGCGGCUGCUCGCCCGCUCUCUGACCUGAAGAGGAUGUGAGCGUAAUGGCAGCUGCGCCAAUUUCAUCACCGACCAGUCGUCUCACGUCAGACAUAGCUCCACUAUAGCCUACACAACACUCAGACACCGCCCACUUUCUCACCUGCACACAGCCGACCAAUCACUGGCCUCUCUCGUGAUGUUUAACGAUGUGCGAAACUGAACCGGUUCUCAUCAGGAUCAGUGAGGCUGGUUUACCAAAAGAGAGAAAGACUGAGCUGAGAGACAGGCUCCAGGUCCGCUCGUCUCCAUCGUCUCCUUCAUUCAAACUUUAAAAUCGUAUGCAAACACCUGAACUUUGGAUCUCGACGCCGCCGAGACUAAACUUUCUGUCUGUGAGAUCUGAGCAUGUGAAUAUCUCUGGAAUGAUUUUUUUAUUUUUAUAAAGCUGAACAUUUAAAUGCUCAAUGACAUGAUGACGAUUAAUAUUAUUAUUAUUAUUAUAGAUUAAAUAGAACCAGAGAUGGUUUGAUUUGCCUGCUUGCUUGUAAAAAAAAACAAAACUAUACUAUUGUGAUGAUAUAACAGAGCCAUACACACGCACACGCACACACACACAGAUGUCAGGUCCAGCUGUGGUCCCGUUGGCUUCAAUAAACAUAACAUCGCCAUGGCAACACGGUCAUCAGGAAGGGUGACCUGUUCCUAUAGCAGCAGCCACGGUGGAGCAGGAAGGGGUUGCCAACAAACAUGGCCGACGUCCUGCAGCUCUGGAUCAUAACAAGUGCCUCAUUUUGUUUUUCGGCCUUCAUCCUGUAAACUGACACUGAGGCCACAGGCGGAGAUGCCCCCGCCUCACCAUCCCCCACCUCGUACGUCAGUGUCCCACUCGGAGCGGAGCCUCCGUCUGUGCCUCUCAUGUCCUCACUGGUUUUAUAUCCUAGACGAUUCAUCUUCGUCCUGAGAGUCAGAGACGCGAGAAUCAUCUUUUCCACAAAUAAAACCAAAUGAACUGUCAUGUCCACU